AUGGAGACGACGGUGACGCUGCCGCCUCGGGGAGCGGAGGGGGACGAGGAGGUGACGCUUGCGGCGCCGAGUUUCCGGAGGAUUUCAAUCGAUUGGGAGGGGAACGACGGCGGCGACCGUGGCGAUGGCGAUGGCGACGAUGGCGACGAUGGCGACGAUGGCGAGGAGUUCGAGUUUGCAGUUCCGGCGUCGGUCUCCUUCGAGGGGAUUCGGCCUGUUUCUGCCGAGGAGAUCUUCUCCAACGGCCGGAUCCGUUCCGUCUAUUCCCUCCACGAUCAAGCGCUGGUGUUUGAGGGCGGCGAGUUACAGAGAUCGGAGAGCGUCGGAGCGGCGGAGAAGGCUGUCGUCGGAUCCGCCUUGCAGAAGCUCGCGAUAGAGGAUAGGGCGGCUACUGAUCCGCCGUCGACGUCGUACUCGACGGCGUCGUCGGAUGCGGCCGAUCUGGAGGGGAUCUCUGCGAACAGUUACUGCCUGUGGACUCCAUCGUCGGCGCCUUCUCCAGAUAUGCGGAGGAGGUCCCACUCCGCGGGUGAGUCGAAGAGGUGGCGCCUCCGCGAUCUCGUCAUCGGCCGCAGCCAGAGCGACGGGAAGAAGAAGUUCAUCUUCUUGGAGUCGCAUCACUCCUCUGUGGAGGUUGCCGAGAAGAGGAACAAGGAGCGACACGACGGCAAGUCCGAGCCGCCGUCGAAGUCGCCGGCGGCCGGAGAGGAGAAGAAGAAGAAGGGGGGAGUCAACCGCCCCGGCAAGGCAUUGGAGAUGGACAUGGUGACCGCCCACCGGGUUUUCUACUCCAAGGGGGCGGCUGCGGCGGGGGAUCGCCGGCGAUCUUACCUCCCCUACCGCAGCAAUCUGGUCGGCUUCUUCCCCAACUCCAAUGGCGGCGCCCACCCCUUCUAA